AUCCAGGGAGCUUCUUUUUCAUUUCUGCCACCUGUUGUCGCGUUAAUGCAGCUUCCCGAAUGGAAAUGCCCAGAUAACGUGACCGCAUAUACGUUGGAGACGGGUGUCGACCCUGCAGAAGAGAGGCUACGAGAAGUGGGUGGCGCGUUAAUGCUCGCCUCCGUCGUGCAGAUGCUUAUCAGCAUCUUCGGCGUGGUUGGCUUCAUGAUGCGUUUCAUCGGACCGCUGACUCUCACACCUGCCGUCUCACUAGUCGCCAUCAACCUGUACGGCGUUAUAAACAGCAUGUGUGAAAAGCACUGGGGCGUCGCCUUGUUCGCGAUGGUGGCGACCCUCAUCUCAUCGCUGUAUGUCGGUAAUAAGGUGAUGCUACCCAUACCGGACUGGAACAAGCGCGAGGGCUGGGUCUUCCAUCGCUUACCCGUCUUCACAGUAUUUCCUGUAAGAAUGAUAGGCUAA